CCUGCAUCUAGACAAAUCACCUAGGGAAGAUGGUAUGACAUCUUUCUUCUACCAGCAUUUUUGGAAUUUGAUUCAUAGGGAUUUGAUAUCUGCAGUUCAAAGCUUCUUUAACUCUGGAAUGAUGUUAAAAUACUGGAACCAUACAACCAUCACUCUGGUUCCUAAGUGCAGUUCUCCUUCUUAUCUGAAUCAGUACAGACCCAUCUCUUUAUGCAGUGUUGUUUACAAAAUUCUGUCAAUGUUGGCUACCAGACUGAAAAAUUGUCUUUCUUAUUGCAUUAGUGCAUACCAGUCAGCUUUCAUUCAAGAUAGACAAUUAUUGGAUAAUAUGAUUUCGGCUCAAAAGGUAUUUCACUUUCCAAACAAACACAGAACUAGAAAAAACACUUCUAUGGCUCUGACACUUGAUCUUAUGAAGGCUUUUGACAGAGUGGAAUGGAUCUGCAUUGAAAAAAUCAUGAUAAAGAUGGGAUUCAGUUUAAAAUUUGUUAAGUUGCUGAUGGUGUGCAUAUCCUCUUUAUCUCUUUGUUUUUGUGUGAAUGGUUCUCUGACUGGGAUUAUUUAUCCAACUAGAGGAAUUUGGCAGGGGGAUCCUCUGUCCCCAUACCUGUUCAUUAUUGUAACUGAACUUCUUAUCACUGAUGCUAUCAAUGGAGGGGUACUAUCUGGGAUCAGGUUGUCUAGGAAUUGUACAACUCUUUCACAUAUGUUCUUUGCAGAUGAUGCUUUAUUCUUCUGCAAAGCUGAAGUGGGGCAAGCUCAGGCACAUAUGCACUUACUGGAGAGAUAUAGAUUGUUUACUGGGCAGAGAGUGAACCUCCAAAAGUCCUCUGUGUUGUUUAGAAAAAACACUCAAGGUUUUGCUCAAGAUAGUAUUUGUUCUGCUCUGAAUGGUAUACAGGUGCACUCCUCUACAAGAUAUAUGGGCCUACCCUUGGGGAUAGACAAAUCAAAAGGAGGUUUUCUCAUAUGUGAUAGAAUCU